GCGCCGUACCCUCUCUCAGAUCCCUACCCGCAGUGCCGCAUACCGGCAUCGGAAAAAGCGCCCGAAGCCCCGGAGCAUCCAAUGCAGCUCUCCUUCGCUUGAUGAAACUAACCCACCCCCAUAUUGCGCUACAAAUAGCCCUUGUGAAGAGAGUCGGGGCCACCGAUAUCCUAGUCGCUUACAAGUUCUCAGUGCUCGCAGCGGGUUUGUUGUCUGAAUCUCAUCUGACCUGUGACCUGUCAGCUUCAAGGUCCCGCGAGAUAUGCGCCGGAUUUCCUCCAGGAAACGCGAGAGGAACCAGAUAACUUGACCACAGACACGAUGGCGGCACUGAUCCGUGGCAGAAACACAGUCAUUCUUUCGUGUUCGGGAGAACACGUCGAUGAAGGCUCGAAGCCCGAUCGUCCCCCGAUCGUCUGGACUACACUCAACCUGAGAGUUCCCAAUUCGUUUGGGGAAUGGUCCGAUGUGAUAUAUUGCUAUGACCCGGUCUUUGUCCCCGACUUAAUUCAUUCCCUAGUCAAGAGUCAAGACUCCCAGCCUGGCGACAUCAAUUACGGCGUCGGUGUAUUUAUAGCUCUGAUCAACGUUCCAUCAUCAUCACUUUGCGAGUUCAAUCAUCGUACCCGCAGAUCAGGAGACUUUCCCCGCCAAUUACAUGUACUUACGCAACAGCUGGACACGUGGGUGACGGGCCAAAAUAGCAACGAGCCUUUCACGCCAGUUGAACAAGGUAUUUUCGCUUCCUCGAGAUUCAACGACGUCAAGUUUCUCACUUGA